UUGUUACUCAACCAAGCCCAUCAGUUUCUCAGCCUAGUACUUUGCAGAGUGAAGAGAGAGGUCCUGAACUGCCCAAACCAAAGAAGAACAGAUGCUUCAUGUGCAGAAAGAAGGUUGGCCUUACAGGAUUUGACUGCCGAUGUGGAAACUUGUUUUGUGGACUUCACCGUUACUCUGACAAGCAUAACUGCCCGUAUGAUUACAAAGCAGAUGCUGCAGCAAAAAUCAGGAAAGAGAAUCCAGUAGUGGUGGCUGAGAAAAUCCAGAGAAUAUAA